GAGAACCCGGCCACCUCAGCACACCAGUCAAAACCAAAAGUGAUGCCAAAAGAAUCAAAAUACUCAGCAUGGGAGAUCCAAAUGUCGGCAAAAGCUGUUUGAUCAAGCGGUAUUGCGAGGGGAGGUUCAUUUCAGAAUAUAUAUCAACCAUUGGGAUAGACUAUGGUGUCAAGACGAUUCAAAUGGAGGAGCUUGAAGUCAAAGUAAACUUUUGGGAUAUUGCGGGGGACUCUGUAUACUUUGAGAUCCGAAACGAAUUUUACAAGGACACACAUGGCGUGAUUCUCGUCUACGAUACAUCAAACAAGGAAACCUUCACCAAUCUCCAGUCCUGGAUUGACGAACUGAAUACAUACUGUCAAAGCGAAACAAUCAGUUUUCUCGUUGCCAACAAAGUAGAUCAGUUCCCACGAGCAGUGACAAGAAAGGAAGGGGAGAGCAUGGCUGAACAAUUGGGAUUACGGUAUUUUGAGACAUCGGCUUUGACUGGUGAAGGUGUACAGAGUAUGUUCAAUGCCUUGUUUGCGGAGGUUUUGAAGAUGCUGGAGGGGCAAGAUGAACAGAGGGCUUCCAAAGGGAGUAAAGAUGAGAGCUGACAAUCAGCAUAUGAACAGAACGAGACAUUGAUGGUCGCGCAAUAGAAUUUGAAACUUGCUGCUUAACUAUACGAAUAAUAUUAUAUCUAAGAAUAAAUAAAAGCAUGGAAGCUACUGCAAACUA